AUGAACCACCUCCCGCACGGCUGGGGCAGACCUCGCGAUGACAUUUACGGCGCCUACAACACCUCCUACCUCCCACAAUCCCACGGCGGCACCCAACAACCCAUCACGCACACCCAAUCUCCCAUCGUAACCGGAACCUCCGUCAUCGCCCUCAAAUUCAAAUCCGGCGUCGUGAUCGCCGCCGACAACCUCGCCUCAUACGGCUCCCUCGCCCGCUUCACAGACGUCCACCGCCUGAAGCCCUUCAACCGCAAAUCCGUCGUAGGUUUCGGCGGCGAUGUCUCCGACAUGCAAUACAUCGACCGCCUGCUCAAAUCGCUGGACGUCGAAGAGAACUACGGCUCCAGCAGCCACGAAGACGAAGGAGAUGCCAUCAUGAGCGCGAAGAACUUGCACACAUAUCUCGCGAAAGUCAUGUACAAGCGUCGAUCGGACUUCAACCCUCUGUGGAAUGCGCUGCUCGUGGCAGGUCUGGAUGAGAAGAACCAGCCUUUCCUCGCAUCCGCUGAUUUGCUCGGGACGACGUUCAGCGCUCCUACGCUGGCGACGGGAUUCGGUGCUCAUCUUGCUCAGCCGAUUUUGAGGCGCAGUGUGCCUGAUGAGGCGGCCAGCCAGAAGCUGGGACGGGAAGAGGCGGUCAAAGCGAUCAAGGAUUGCAUGAAGGUGUUGUUCUACAGAGAUGCGCGGUCGAUGCCCGAGUACAGCAUCGCUGUGAUCGACGAGAAGGGAGUGGAGUUGCACGAGAGCGAGAAGUUGGAGAACCAGAGCUGGGACUUUGCGGAUCGUAUCAGAGGCUAUGGUACGCAGACGGUAUGA